AUGAAGACUAUCGAAGUGACUCACUUUCAAGCGCUCAACAAGAACGAGUUAGAUGUGGUCGAUGUGAUUGUUAUUCCAGUGAUCAACACGAUUGUCGAGCCCACGACCAACAGCUUUUUCGCACGAAAUGCCAACAAGAGUAUGCUAGGAGCGAGCACCAGUCUACAGUCACAGUGGAUACGAACUUGUCCAUACACCUAGAAGAAGAACGUACAACGGACGGACCAGUAAGAAAGCGAACUAAAACG